AUGGAUUACAUGGGAAGUGAACAAGAUAAAUGGUCUCAACCAGGAUGGAAAAUAGAGCGGAAGUACACAAACAAAGUCCUUUUAGGUAACUGGGCAGAGGAAAGAUUCCAGUUCACACGAGAACCGAAGAUAGCUAACACCACCGCUCGUGUAGACUACCGACCCCACCGGGACAUCAAGCCAGACGUCUGCGAGAGAAGAUGUGCCCUGCUGAGAGCUGAGGGGCUUCCAUCCAAGCUGCUCUUUGCCCACCAUGGCUCACUAUCCUCUCAUUACUUGGUCACACACUAUGAAGAGAGCUAUGGGCGUAAACACACUCAUACUUUGCCAACUCCGCAGCCCUGGCAUCCAGACAGCUUGACAUGGCAGCUUGAGAGGUCUGACAGACCCAUUUCUGCGCUCCCCACCAACUCUAACCGGCUGCGGUCAAGAAAACAUCACUUGGAGAGGCAGCAGUCACACCUUCCAUCCCUGACUGUGUAUAGGUCAGCAUACCAGAGGCACCCACUUAGUGCCUUCUGCCAGACCCGCUUUGCCAGGGCUUCACACAUGCUCUCCAGCCACCUCCAUAAAGCCAAUCACAACAACAAGGACCUGGAUCUGAGACAACGCUCGCUGCUACAGGUCCCAGAUCAUGCUUUGAGUCUUCCUCCGCCACAACUCUGA